AUAGAUUACCAUCACCAUUUACAUCGGCGCCACCUGGACCGAUCGGACCGUUCUCUGCUCACUUUGACAGGGCAUACAGUGCGCUUCACGCUAGUUCGCGCCCGUUUUUCUCCUGCUCACACCACCGGCCAGCGUUAUGCUUAUGCAGGCAGUGCCAAGGGUGAUUGGCACAUAUGGGAUCUCUUCACUGGAGACGUGGCUUUCUUUCCAAUUUAG